CUCUCUCUCUCUCUCUCUCUCUCUCUCUCUCUCACUCUCUCUCUCUCUCUUGCUCUCUCUCUCGUAUUCUCAUUCUCUCUGUAAUUAGUUUUGUACAGUAAGAAAUAAUUUGUGAUUUCAGAGUCCUAGCAGCAAUAAGUAUGUUAUGGUGAGUUUGUAGUCACAAAACUGUUCUCUACGAUUAAUAGCACUGGUUGUGAUGUUGUUAAAGAUGAUGCAGUUGUAUCCUGAUAUAUUUAUUUUGCAAAAAAAAAGAAAGAAAAGAAUAAGCCCCAACAAUGUGUGCCUGAACUAAUUGAUGGUCACGUGGAUGGAUAGUGGUUUGAAUUGUUCUCUCUAUCUCUCUCUCCCUCUUUCUCUGCCCCUGUUUCUCUCUCUUCCCACCCUCAGUCCUUUCUCUCCCUUUCCCUCUGUUCUAUCCUUCCUUUUUCAUCCUUCUUACCACAAGCCGUAUCUGGGUUGUCAGUUUAAGCCCCACCACCCCCAUCUCCCCCCUCUUUGCGGAGUCAUGUUCUAAUGUCUACAGUGUGUACAGUUUUUAGUCAACUACAGGGUGUCAGUUUGAGUUUUUUUUUUUUUUUUGAUCCCCCUCCUCCCUCGUUCCCGAAGGGAAACCUGUUCUUAUGUGGUAUAUCCCAGAGUCUGCCGGAGGCGCGAUGCAUAAGUCACCCUCGGUCCAAUGCCAAAACGUGUUAGUUUCUGUGUAAAGUACCUCAGAGAAAAGAAAAGUCAAGUGUCUUUCACUAAAGCACUCUUAUUUAAUCUCUUUCGGAUUUACAUUUUUUUUUUUGCGCUAAAAAGAUGAAUUGUUCUGCAUUGGCUGUACUGUGUAUAGAACCUGACCCCCAUGAGAGAAAUAUAUAUAUAAAAACAUAUAUAACUGAUUAUUCCUGGGUACUUCCGAUGUUGUUUUUGGAUGCUGCUAGACAUUGAGAUUCCUUCUUUUUUUCUUUAUCUUUUUUUUUUUUUUUUUUUUUUUUUUUAAAGGCCUUGGCAAAUGUUUUUAUUUUGUUUUGUUUGA